CGGCCACGUACCCGUUUUACGUGUCUUACCCCCGAAAGCGGAAGUUGCGCAAAUCCUUUGGAGCGCUGCGGAGCCGCUGAGCGUGCAUGUGAGUGUGUGUGUGUGUGUGUGUGUGUGUGUGUGUACACAUACAGAUACAUAUAUUUGUAUUCGGCUGCAGCGCGGGGGCGGUACACGACAUUAGAAGGCGCCGGAAGUGUCAGUGUCGAGGGGCGGCGGGAGAAAGGCCACCCAGGCAAGCCAGUCAGUAGCUGGCUCAGCGAGCGGCAAGGUUCGCAUCCGCCGCGUCCCGAGUCCCCGGCCCAGCCGGGCUUUUCUCUUCGGCCAGACAUGGACUUCAGGGAAAUCCUCUUGAUCGCUUCCAAAGGACAAGGUGUCAAUCAUGUACCGAAAAGGUACAGUUUGGCGGUGGGACCUCCAAAGAAAGACCCAAAAGUGAAAGGUGUCCAGUCAGCAGCCGUACAAGCUUUCCUUAGGAGAAAAGAAGAAGAGCUUAGACAAAAAGCCUUGCAAGAGAAAAAAAGGAAAGAGGAACUAGUGAAAAAGCGAAUUGAGCUCAAACAUGACAAAAAAGCAAGAGCUAUGGCCAAGAGGACAAAGGACAAUUUUCAUGGUUAUGAUGGGAUUCCUAUUGAGGAAAAGACAAAGAAAAAGCAGGUGGUGGAAAGCCACCUAAACCAGGGAGCUGAUCAGGAGUACGAUGUGGAGGAGGAAGACUUCAUAGAAUACAAUCAGGCAUCAGUCAGUGGGAUCAGAAAGCUGGCCAGCAAUUCACAUCCCUCUGGACGAACACUCAACGGCACAAAUGGUCCUGGACGACCUGCAGGCAGCUCAAGUGACCCUGGGCGACCCAUCAGUGGAUCUGCUGGUUCUGGGAGACCUGUGGGCAGUUCUAGAGGCCCUGGGCAGCCUGUAAACAGUCCACAUGACCUUCGACGACCAAUGAACAAUCUAGGCUCUCUUGGUAACCCAGGCCUCCCCACAAAGCCCAAAUGCACUGUUGUCUCAGAAACAAUUUCUUCAAAGAAUAUUAUUAGUCGGUCAAGCAAUGGACAGAUAAAUGGAAUGAAACCUCUCCUCUCUGGCUACAGAUCUGCUCAAGGUCCUCAAAGGCUUCCCUUCCCUACUGGCUACAAAAGGCCUCGAGAGUAUGAUGAUGAUGAUGAUGAUGAAUAUGACUCAGAAAUGGAUGAUUUCAUCGAAGAUGAAGGAGAACCUCAGGAAGAAAUAUCCAAGCACAUUCGAGAAAUCUUUGGCUAUGACCGAAAAAAAUAUAAAGAUGAAAGUGACUAUGCCUUACGUUACAUGGAGAGCAGUUGGAAGGAACAGCAGAAGGAGGAAGCCAAGAGUUUAAGACUCGGUAUGCAAGAGGACUUAGAGGAAAUGAGGCGUGAAGAGGAGGAACUGAAACGUCGAAAGGCCAAGAAGCUGAAGCGACACUAGCUGCUGCUGCUGUGGAUUCUGGGAGAGACACUGCAAGAGUCUCCUGCCUUCAGACUGAGGAAGCCUGUUCCUGGCUUAGAUUCACACGGGGCACUCAAAAGGAAGGAAUACAUACUGUCGUUU